GUUUUCUUGAACCGCUUAUACGCAGCAUUUGAUGUAGACAACACCAAGCAGAUUGACUUUCGUGAAUUUGUUGACGGACUCAGCGUUUUCAUGAAAGGAACACCCGAAGAAAAGCUUGAAUUGUCAUUUAAGUUAUAUGAUAUGGACCAUGAUGGCUAUCUCACACAAGCCGAGCUUGAACGAGUCAUGACUCAACUGUCACUUACUUUCUCAAACGAAGAUCAAACAAACGAAAUACGAGAACUAAUCACUAGGAUGUUUGAGGAUGUUGAUGUCAAUGGUGACGGAAAGCUGUCACUACACGAGUAUAAACUAUCUGCUAUGAAGGAACCCUUAAUUGUGGAUUUCCUAGAACAAUUCCUUGCCAACCACCACUUGUCACAGCAACCCCGACCUCCUUCUCGCCCCGCGUCGAUCCGGUCGAUACAUUCAAUAAGGUCUAUGAGUCCCCAAAAUCAUAAGAGCCCUGGAUCGCCGUCUGGUCAAAGGCUGUCUGUCCGACUCUCGCAGGCCGAGCUUCUGGACUAUACACAUCAACAUCAAAUGCUUAACAGUGUUUCCAACACCCCUUCCCAAAGUCCCCGAUCGUCUAACGCGCCUUCUAGUCCAUCUCGAAGUAAUAGCCCUGUGACCAUUAUCAGUGGCACACCAUUGCCUAAUGCCAAGCGAUCCAGUGAAAGAUUGACUCGUGGCGUUAGCCAUGGAAGCCUCGAUGCUGCGUUGAACACGCUAUAA